UCUUGCCGACUCUCACCCUGAAUCUCUCCACCGAGAAUAUUUAGAAAAAUGAACUUCGUAGUGUUCGGGCUUAUCCUGAUAUGUUGCCAUGCCUGGGCAAUUGAGAUAGACGAUAAUUUUGCAGCUAUAUGGUUCGAAGGACCUAAAAUAAAUUUAGAAAAUUUCUUCGAAAAGCUCAAGUCCUCAGUGCAAAAUGGAACCAGUGGUCUCAAUAUAUACGGAAUUCCGAUUCGUGAUCCGAUGUUCAUUGAGACUGCGAUCAGACUGCCCACCGGAGUUUUAUCUGCUUUUGUAGGUGACACAAAUCUCGAGGGAUUUCUUAAAAACUUUAACUUAAGUGGUUUGGCCUCGUAUAAUGUCAACAGCGCUAAAUUCAAACCAAUUGAUUUGACGGCCCACAUAGAUAUAAGCUGGCCGUGUAUAAACGCGAGUACUAAUUACUCCUUAAAAGGCAACGUCCUUAACUACGAUAUUUAUGGAGAUGGAGGCAUAAAUGGAACUCUACAUAACUUCAGAACUAUUAUGGAUGUUGGUUUCAACUUGAAGGACCGGUAUAUGCAAGUUCAAACUAUAGCAACAAAGAUUUUCUUGGACGCAUUGAAGUUUAACGCAACGGGCUUAUACAACGAUGAAGACAUAUCCAAGAUAUUCAGCAAGACGAUCUCCGAUGUUACGUCUAAGCUCAUUACCACGAAUCAAAAGACGAUUUCGCAUAUUAUUAAUAAUUUCGCCACGCGGAUUUUCAACAAAUUUCUGUUAACUAUAACAUUUCCAGACCUAUUGAAAGCAAUAGGUUUGUAAUACUUUUCUACAUUUGGCGCCACGCUAUCGUUUAAUCAAUCAUUUCUACAACGAUCGAUCCCAGUUGAACGAUA